AUGCCCAACUUCUGCGCGGCCCCCAACUGCACGCGGAAGAGCAUGCAGUCCGACCUGGCCUUCUUCAGGUUCCCGCGGGAUCCAGCCAGAUGCCAGAAGUGGGCGGAGAAUUGUAGGAGAGCCUUAGAAGAUAAAACACCUGAUCAACUAAAUAAACAUUACUGAUUGUGUGCCAAACACUUUGAGACUUCUAUGAUCUGUAGAACUAUACAUUUUAGUCCUUAUAGGACAGUUCUUCGAGAUAAUGCAAUGCCAACAAUAUUUGAUCUUACCAGCCAUAAUCCACACAGUAGACACAGAAAACGAAUAAAAGAAUUGAGUGAAGAUGAAAUCAGGACACUGAACAAAAAAAUUGAUGAAACUUCUGAACAGGAACCAAAACAUAAGGAAAUAAACAACAGCAAUGCUCAGAACCGCAGUGCGGAAGAAGGGGGUGAAGAGCAGGGUGAAGACAUUUUACCUUUAACCCUUGAAGAGAAGGAAAACAAAGAAUACUUAAAAUCUUUAUUUGAAAUUUUGAUUCUUAUGGGAAAACAGAACAUACCUCUGGAUGGACAUGAAACUGAUGAAAUCCCAGAAGGUCUCUUUACUCCUGAUAACCUUCAAGCACUGCUGGAGUGCCGGAUCCAUUCUGGUGAAGAGGCUCUGAGAAGGCGCUUUGAGACAACGGCAGUGAACACAUUGUUCUGUUCGAAAACACAGCAGAAACAGAUGCUAGAGAUCUGUGAGAGCUGCAUUCGGGAAGAAACCCUCAGGGAAGUGAGAGACUCUCACUUCUUUUCCAUCGUCACUGACGAUGUGGUGGACAUAGCAGGGGAAGAGCACCUGCCUGUGUUGGUGAGGUUUGUUGACGAAGCUCACAACCUGAGAGAGGAAUUUGUGGGUUAUGAAGCUGAUGCAGAAAUUUUGGCUGUGAAAUUUCACACAAUGAUAACUGAGAAGUGGGGAUUAAACAUGGAGUACUGUCGUGGCCAGGCUUACAUUGUGUCCAGUGGAUUUUCUUCCAAAGUGAAAGUCGUUGCUUCUAGACUUUUAGAGAAAUAUCCCCAAGCUAUCUACACACUCUGCUCUUCCUGUGCCUUAAAUAUGUGGUUGGCAAAAUCAGUGUCUGUUAUGGGAGUAUCUGUUGCAUUAGGAACAACUGAGAAAGUUUGUUCUUUUUUCCAUCGAUCACCACAACUGCUUUUAGAGCUUGCCAAUGUAAUUUCUGUCCUAUUUCAGAACAAUGAAGAAAGGGGCAAAGAACUGAAGGAAAUUUGCCAUUCUCAGUGGACAGGCAGGCAUGAUGCUUUUGAAAUCUUAGUGGACCUCCUACAAGCACAUGUUUUAUGUUUAGAUGGUAUAAAUAGUGACACAAAUGUUAGAUGGAAUAACUGUACAGCUGGCCGAGCAUUUGUACUCUGUAGUGCAGUAACAGAUUUUGAUUUCAUCAUUACCAAUGUUGUUCUUAAAAAUGUUCUAUCUUUUACAAGAGCCUUUGAGAAAAAUCUUCAGGGUCAAACUUCUGAUGUCUUCUUUGCAGCCAGUAGUUUGACUGCAGUGCUGCAUUCACUAAAUGAAGUGAUGGAAAAUAUCGAAGUUUAUCAUGAAUUUUGGUUUGAGGAAGCCACAAAUUUGGCAACCAAACGUGAUAGUCAGAUGAAACUCCCAGGGAAAUUUCGCAGAGCUCAGCACAGUAACCUGGAAUCUCAGCUAACCUCUGAGAGUUAUUAUAAAGAAACACUAAGUGUUCCAACAGUGGAACACAUUAUUCAGGAACUGAAAGAUAUACUCUCAGAACAACACCUCAAAGCUCUUAAAUGCUUAUCUCUGGUACCCUCUGUCAUGGGACAGCUUAAAUUCAAUACAUUCAAGGAGCAUCAUGCUGACACGUACGGAAGUGAUUUACCUAAUCCUGACACACUCUCUGCUGAGCUGCAUUGUUGGAGAAUCAAGUGGAAACACAGAGGGAAAGAUAUAGAACUUCCAUCCACUAUUUAUGAAGCCCUUCAUCUGCCAGACAUCAAGUUUUUUCCUAAUGUUUAUGCAUUGCUGAAGGUCCUAUGUAUUCUUCCUGUGAUGAAGUUUGAGAGUGAACGCCGUGAAAAUGGGCGAAAGUGUCUCAAAGCAUACCUGAGGAACACUCUGACAGACCAAAGUUCAAGUACCUUGGCUUUGCUUAACAUAAAUUUUGAUAUAAAACACGAUUUGGAUUUAAUGGUGGCUACAUAUAUCAAACUCUAUACAAGUAAGUCAGAGCUUCCUACAGAUAAUUCAGAAACCAUUGAAAAUACCUAA